CUCACUUGGGUUUACUUCUCUAACUGGACUCUGGCAACAUCAGAGACACGGUAGGGCAGGAGCAAGGUGUAGGCACACAAGUCAUCACAUCGAGCUGGUGUCCACAAAUGUGGGAUUAGGAGAAAGUAUUUCAACGUAACAUUUUAAAAUUCAACAUGAAUACAAUAACCGUUCAUAAUUAACCAUAUCUCCCCGUGUUAAAUAGAGAUGUGUUCAAACUGUUUGCAGCUCUGGCUACACUUUGACCUAAUCCCACUGCCCUUGGGCCCUGUGUUUCAUGUACUUCCUUGCCAGGAGCGGAUGCAGAAACCAGAGAAUGGGUUGUUUCCUUGACUGGAGUCAUCAGCCUGAAAUUUGUAAGUCCGGGUCAAUAGGAUGGUGAGGGUGGACCGGAAUCAUAGGUUCCAGGCUGGGACUCCCGGACCCUGUGCUCCCAGGUUAGUGUCUUCUGCCUUCUCAGAGACCCUCCCCAUGACACUCCCUGGUGAAUCCCUUGUGUAAGAACAGACUGCUGAUAACCCUUCAGCCAGACACCGCUCUCCCAGGGCCUGUUCAGAAGGAAUCCUACCAGCUCCCCUGUUUCAGUAGUUACAUAACGCUGCUACACUGUCACGUGACUUAAUACUUUAAUUGACUCUUUAUUUCAGAAGUUUCCAGGAAAAAUGAGAUCAGAAAGACAAAGCUCUCCGAACAAAGGGAAGCGACCACUUUUAGGUUAGAGUUCACGUUCCGUAUGUCUCCUUUAAACAAGACUUGGAGGGGCGGGGAAUAGCUCCGAGUUAUAGUCAGGAGAAAAAGUAAAACGUCCCGUGGGCUCCGGGGACGUCAUGGGCCUUGUGAAGAAGACUUUGCAUCCUCGGUCCGGCUUUCCUCUGUAGGGAGGCUCCUGGCUCCCUGGAGGCCUUGGGCCUAGCUCCCCAGCACCCUGCCUCACCUGCGCCUGGCUUUCCCCAGUGGCCACCAGGGGGCUGCCUGUGUGGAACCAGGGUGGAGACGCCGCAGCUUUCCGUCAAACCAACCAAAACAUCCCAGGGCAGCUUUGGAGCAGAGCCCAGGAACUUCCCUGCAAAAAACAACUCUCCGCUCUGGAGCCGGUAAGCUCCGCGGUGCAGCCUCAUUCCGAGCCAGGAAUAAAACAGAUUUCUUGCGGAGGACCCAAAGGGCAACGAGUCUGUGCAGGCCGCUGGAGAGGGGCCAUCCUCGGCUAGCGCAGCGCUCCUUCUCCCCGAGGCUGAAUCUCUCUGGCAGGGGCCAGCUCGGGAUUCGCCGCGUCGGGUCGGGUGCUGUGGGCAGGCGGGGUGCCGGCCUCUCGCCCUGCUCUCCUCCCGGGGAUGGCUCGGAAGAAGCUGGAAUAAAACCCUGGUCACCGCGAGAAGUCCAGAAAACUCUUUAUGAAGUCCAAACGUUGCUCCCUCCGCGGAGACACCAGGGAUCCAGGCUCAGUAGACUGUUACAGGAAUGAACCAGCUUACGAGGGCGCAGUGAAGGGGGCAUUAGAAGGCGUUUGAACCGCGGUCCUAAGAACAUAAUUGUAACUUCCCACUGGCUGCGUCCUCGCUCAGUGCUCGGCGUUUUCCCGGGAAAACCCACCUCGCAGCGCGGCGGGGAGACGGCCUGGGUCUUCCGGCGCGGGACCUGAGCCUCUGCCCAGCUUCCUCGCAACCUGCGCUCGGCCUUCGCGACUCGAGACCUGUGGCUUCCGUCUCACCUGCGGACCUGCGUGGUGCCAAGUUCCACACAUGGCUUAAUAAGAAGGUCAGAGGAAAUGCCAGUGCCACGGCUCCAGCAUGACUGACCCAUGACUCCUAACAGCAUGACAGAAAAUGGCCUUCCAACCUGGGACAAAUCAAAGCCCUGUCCAGACCGAGGACAGGACUGGAAGCUCGUAGGAAUGUCCGAAGCCUGCCUGCGCGGGAAGAGCCAUGCAGAGAGGAGAGGCUCACUGAAGAAUGAGCAGACGUCCCCACACCUCAUCCAGACCUCUUGGGCGAGCUCUAUAUUCCAUCUGGACCCCGACGAGGUGAACGAUCAGAGCAUCUCAAGUGCACAGACCUUCCAGACCGAGGAGAAAAAAUGCAAAGGGUACAUCCCCAGCUACUUAGACAAGGACGAGGUCUGUGUCGUGUGUGGGGACAAGGCCACGGGGUAUCACUACCGCUGCAUCACGUGUGAAGGCUGUAAGGGUUUCUUUAGAAGAACCAUUCAGAAAAGUCUCCACCCGUCUUAUUCCUGUAAAUAUGAAGGAAAAUGCAUCAUAGACAAAGUCACUCGAAACCAGUGUCAGGAGUGUCGCUUUAAGAAAUGCAUCUAUGUUGGCAUGGCAACAGAUCUGGUGCUGGAUGACAGCAAGAGGCUGGCCAAGCGGAAGCUGAUAGAAGAGAACCGGGAAAAGAGGAGGCGGGAGGAGCUGCAGAAGUCAAUCGGGCAUAAGCCAGAGCCCACGGAUGAGGAAUGGGAGCUCAUCAAGACCGUCACUGAGGCCCAUGUGGCCACCAACGCCCAGGGCAGCCACUGGAAGCAGAAGCGGAAGUUCCUGCCAGAAGACAUUGGACAGGCACCCAUCGUGAACGCCCCAGAAGGUGGAAAGGUCGACCUGGAAGCCUUCAGCCACUUUACAAAAAUCAUCACACCAGCAAUCACCAGAGUGGUGGAUUUUGCCAAAAAGUUGCCCAUGUUUUGUGAGCUGCCGUGUGAAGAUCAGAUCAUCCUCCUCAAAGGCUGCUGCAUGGAGAUCAUGUCCCUUCGAGCUGCUGUGCGCUACGACCCAGAGAGCGAGACUCUGACCUUGAACGGGGAAAUGGCAGUGACACGGGGCCAGUUGAAAAACGGGGGUCUGGGGGUGGUGUCGGAUGCCAUCUUCGACCUGGGCAUGUCUCUGUCAUCUUUCAACCUGGAUGAUACGGAAGUUGCCCUCCUUCAGGCCGUCCUGCUGAUGUCUUCAGAUCGCCCAGGGCUCGCCUGUGUGGAGAGAAUAGAGAAAUACCAAGACAGUUUCCUGUUGGCCUUUGAACAUUAUAUCAAUUACCGAAAGCACCACGUGACACACUUCUGGCCCAAACUCCUGAUGAAGGUGACGGACCUGAGAAUGAUCGGAGCCUGCCACGCCAGCCGCUUCCUCCACAUGAAGGUGGAGUGCCCCACAGAGCUCUUCCCCCCUCUCUUCUUGGAAGUGUUUGAGGAUUAGGUGGACUGGACUCGGCCUCAUGAUUCCUACAGCACUGCCAGAUGCAGACGAUACUCCAGGACGGAGCACAGACAGAUGAAGGCCGGCACCGUAGGCGAGCAUCGCAGCCCUGCCGCUGGAGGCAUGAUCCAAGCACGCGUGCGAUGGCCUUAUGGCCGCUUCCUCUCUUCGGCCCUUCCUCGUGAGCUUGGCUUCUUUCCUUUGACCCCUUAGAGCCAAAGUCGUUCUCCAGGCCUCCUUCAGAGAGAGACUCUUUGCCACGUUUUCGUGCCCUGAAAAUCAGAGAAACGGUACAGAACAGGGAGGUUUACAGUCAGUGGAACAUGAGUGUUUUGCAAACAGUGUUAAGUGAUAUUGCUAGAUCGGUAAUAUUUUUUUCAGCCUAAAAUUGUUGAAAUCUGUGAUCAAAAUGUUUUAAACUAUCCAAAAAGAAAAUUUGUAUAUUUGGGAAAAUGGAUUUUUACAUAGCUUUUGUAUGCAGAUAUUAAAUUGUAAUUACGAAUAUAGUGGGCGUAGAUACUCAUAAGCUUAAAUUCUAAAAAAGAGAAAAAGAAAAAAGAAAAAGCUUAUAAUGGA